UUUCCCUAAUGUUUAGAGUCAUCAUCUUGUUUAUGAUGAUUGACUUGGUCAAUAUUUCUAUGUUAAAAUUUUAAGGUCUCUUUUGUAUAUAAAUGUGUGUGUGUGUCCCCCCAGAACCUCACUUUUAUUUCUAUUACUUCCUGCUGCCAGCACUAGAUCUUCUUGAUCUUUCUGAUAUUUCUCGUCAUACAAGGCCACUUCACUUGUCAUCCACCAAGAGCCAUGGCCAAGUUUAACAAGUCUCAAGUUCUAAUGCUGCUUGUGCUGGCUCUUCUUCUUAUUAUCACACCCUUUUUGCCUUCCUCCCUAAAGCCUACCUUCCUCUACUUCAUUGUCAACCUCCUGAUCAUCACACUUGGAGCUGAAGCUGGUUUUCUCUCAGCUUUUCCAAGGCCUUCUUCCUCAGAAGACAAGAAAUUUUCUUCUGCUGUUCCUGACAAAAAGGAAGCUUCCACCUCAGCCAGUGGAAGUGGAAAUGUUUCUUUCUCAGAACUUAGUGAAAAAAAGAAGCCUAAGAUUGUUCUUGAAAAGUUUGACAAGGUGAAGAGUGCUUCAAUGCCAAGCCUUUUAUUUGUUGGAGAAGCAGAAGCCGUGGAGGAGGAGGAGAUUGAUGAAGAAGAUGAGGUUGCAGGAAUCAAUGGCCAAGAGCUGUUUGCAAAAGCUGAUGCCUUCAUUAGGAACUUCUAUAAGCAGUUGAGGACGCAGCAGAGAGAUUAAUCUUUGGAAGGAGAUUAAUAAAAUCAUCUUUUGAAGAUCAAAAUAAGGCUUAUGUUUUUUAUAAUUUUGCACUUUGCUGCUUAUUUUUCCCCUUUCAUUGGGUCUGUAAAGAUUUUAGUUUCUGACUAUGGAGGUCAGAAGAGCUUUUCGGUGUUCCCUA